AUGUCUUUCGCCCAAGCUGUAACCAACGUCUUCUCGCCCUCCGGCAAAGCCGCCGCUCUGGCGCAGAAAGACACUGAUGUUGUCAUUGUUUCUGCUGUUCGUACCGCGGUUACGAAGGGCAAGAAGGGCGGCUUCAAGGACACACGCCCGGAGGAGCUGCUCUCUGGCGCGUUGCGCGCAGCAUACACUCGCGCGAACAUGGACCCCAAGCUCAUUGAGGACAUCAUCGUCGGCAACGUCUUGCCUCCUGGUGGAGGUGCAACUGCUGCUCGCAUGGCUAUGAUUCACGCCGGCAUCCCUAUCGACACUCCUAUCGCCACUGUCAACCGCCAAUGCUCCUCUGGUCUCACUGCCGUCAACGAAAUCGCAGGGCAGAUUAUCUCUGGCCAGAUUGACAUUGGUAUCGGUGCUGGCGUUGAGUCCAUGACCUUCGGUUACGGCGCCGGUGCACAGCCGGACGGCUUCUCUGAGGCCGUUCUCUCUGUACCGGAAGCAGAGGACUGCUUGUUGCCUAUGGGUAUCACUUCUGAGAACGUCGCAGAGGACUUCGGCAUCACUCGCGCCCAACAGGACGCAUUUGCGGCUAAGUCUUUCCAGAAGGCGGCGGACGCACAGAAGGCGGGCAAGUUCAAGGACGAGAUCGUCCCCCUGACCGUGAAGUUCGUUGACCCCAAGACGGAGGAGGAGAAGACCAUCGUCGUUGACCAGGAUGACGGUAUUCGCGCUGGUGUGACGGCGGAGAGCCUUGGAAAGCUCAAGCCCGUCUUCAAGGCCAACGGUACCACACAUGCAGGCAACGCAUCUCAGGUCUCCGAUGGCGCAGCUGCAGUCAUCCUCGCACGCCGCUCGGUAGCGAAGAAGCUCGGUUUGCCCAUCCUCGGCAAGUUCGUUGGCGCGAGCGUCGUCGGCGUACCUCCGCGUGUGAUGGGUAUUGGCCCGGCGUUCGCCAUCCCCAAGCUCUUGCAGCGCCUUGGUGUCUCGAAGGACGAAGUUGACUUCUAUGAGAUCAACGAGGCGUUUGCUAGCCAAGCCGUCUACUCUAUUGAGAAGAUCGGUCUCCCGUACGAGAAGGUCAACAUCAACGGUGGUGGCAUCUCGCUCGGCCAUCCGCUCGGUUGCACUGGUGCUCGUCAGAUCGCGACUGGUCUCAGUGUCGCAAAACAGACAGGCGGCAAGAUCUUCGUCACCAGCAUGUGUAUUGGCUCGGGCAUGGGUAUGGCCGCCAUGUUCGUCUCCGAGCACUAG